AUUGAAAUUAAAGACGAUAUGUAGCAAACGAUCAAACGAUCAGAAAAUCAGAGACAAGCGGCAUGCAUGCGGCCUGAUUGAGAAAAUACUAAACAUUCUGUCUUAGUCGCCCUGCCUCGUAUUCGAUGUUGAUGUCUUUGACCUUUUCGGCUGGCACGGCAACGAUUGCCGCCCCCUAAAUCUUAAAAUAGGACUCACCUCGGAUCCCACAUCAUCUCGAUCCUGCUGUUUCCAAGAACACAUCUUCUCUCUCCUACCAUACUUUUCCAAAUUCACCUUUUUCGCACACCACAUUCGUUUUUGCUUACCAUCUCGAUUCUAAUUCUACAAAAGCUCUCACUCAGUACUUUAUCUUAAUACUACAGCAAAUAUGCGUUUCUCCACCAUCUUCCUGUCCACGGUCGUCGCCGCCCUCUCCGUCCAGGCUCAGGCCAACAACGGCACUGCCACCACCGAGAGCCCAGCUGUCUCCGGCACCGCAUUGCCCACCCCUGGCCAGCUGGCCGCCACCCGCUGUCUCGCGACUUGCCCCUCCAACGACAACGACUGCCGCGCCAAGUGCCAGCUCCUCGCCAACUCCGUGAACCCCAUCGGAGACUGCCAGGCCGCCUGCCCCAAGGGCGACGGCUCGGCCGCCGGCAACCUGUCCUACAAGGAGUGCCUCCAGGGCUGCAACGCCCUCUCUCCCGUGCCAUCCGCCUCUGAGACCUCCAGUGCUGCUUCCUCUACCUCAACUGGCACUGACUCUGGAUCUGGAACUGGCUCCGGCACUGACUCCAGCUCCGGUGGCGCCUCUUCGUCCGGCUCCGGCUCCGACGUGAAGGCCACCGGCACCAAUGCUUCUCCAUCCGCCACCCCAACCGGUGCUGCCGCCAACAUGGCCGUCAGCGUCUCCGUUGGUGCUGGUCUUGGUCUGUUCGCCAUGAUGCUCGCAUUGUAAGAUGGUGGCCUUGAUUUGUGUCUCGGGUGGGUGUCCUUGGAAUAGCGGCGUAUGGAAUAUGAAUGAGGGUACCAUAUCGCGUAAUAAUCUUUUAAUCGGUCCGUUCAAGAAGUAGUUAGGGGAAUUGCCAAUUCAGUUCUUCCUUCAAUUUCAAUGUUGUAUUGGCAUUUUGUUCUAAACUAUGUUGCUCAGCCAUGGGAGGCUGAGCUUCUUCAUCUCAACGGCGAGCUGGAAGAGGUAGUCUAAGCUGUGGGGGAGUUAGCUUGUGAUUAUAUGCAUUGAAUACGACACCGACG